UUCUAUAAAAAGAAAUCAAAUGCGUGUUAACACUAGUUUAAGGUACUUCUCCAGUUUGUUUGAGGAUUUAUAAAAAAGAAAAUCUAAAAAAAUAAAAUGUGCAUUUACAAGUUUUUGCUACAAACAAUAUUUGUUUGCUACAUUUUGAUGUAUACAGAAGCUAAUUUGAGUGCUGAUGAUGUGUAUUCCAUGCUAGCUGCUAAAAUAGAUGUGAUUACCACUGAAAUGUCCUUGUUACGUCGUGUUCUAAUGUCAACCAAGUCAGAACUGACUUCAACCAAAGCUGAACUGACAUCAACCAAGUCAGAACUGACAUCAACCAAAGCUAAACUGACAUUAACUCAGACAAAGCUAAAAUCAACUCAGGCAGAAGUUGAUGUGAUAAAAUCACAAUGCAGACUUGUUACAGGAAUCGCCACAAAUACAACGCCUCCAAUUACUCCACCUGGAAACUCUACAACAUGUUGUCAAGUUGUUGAGAAGGCAAUUGUGAGAAUGAAAGCAGAACAGAACCAGGCAAAACAGGAUAUAGAAAACUUGUAAGUUGAUAUUCUGUAUAUUUUAAACAGGGUCCAGUUUUCAGAGUUUUUACUGUACAUCUACAAUUUAGGCCACUUUAUACAUCUUUGUAUAGGCUAUAUGCUUAGGACCUUAAUCUUGCAAAUAACACAUCAUACUGUCAAUGUUUAAUCUGCAACAGACGGAUGGAAAGGCAUUUACUAUAUCACUACCUUUAGGGACAUAAGAAAGAUAUUUA